GAAACUUCCUGCAUUCGCAUCGUCUAGCCAAAGAAGUCGCAGUGCUGCUAGUGUGCGAGGAAAAAUGGAUCGCAUGGGCGAUCAGAGUGGAAAAGUGAAUAAUCCAGGGACAUCGAAGUAGCGGUGGAGUGUGUGAAAGGACAAAUUUCACGUGUGGUGCGAGAUUUGGGACAAAAAUGCUCGACCUGUAUUGAUUUUUCUCAGAGUGUUGUUUCGUGACGGAGAGUGAGAAAAUUGCUGCGUAGAGACAAAGUGAACAAAGUGCAGAGACAAUCCCAAACACUCAACACUUCAUCUCAAUUGCCUGCGUGGACGGAAAAAGCCAAGAACAUAGCAUACGAUUGGAAUUCAACAGUUCGUAAAAGGCGCAAAAGACCCCGCAAUUUGCGUAGGGCAUGUUUGAUGGACAGUGGACACCGAAGUGUCGUCUAUGGCCGAUUCCGUAAGAAAUCAAUCGCUCUCUGCAGUGACGGAGGGGCAUACUGCCAAUAAUUCAUCAACAGAGGAACAGAGAAAUACCCGCUUGAGACGUCAUCGUGCCAACUUGACCAAUAGACCACCCUCUCCGGAUUGCAUAGCGCACAGAACACGUUCGAGACUCCGUGGCUGUGAGGCGUCAGUGAGGGGAGAGAGCAGUGAAGAUUACUCACAAGACGAAGAGAUUGUGAAGUCUAGCAAGAGAUCCAGCGAUUGUAUCGCACAUAGGACGCGAUCGAGGACGAAUUUCGAUCACAUUUGGCCAGACAGUGCCCAGGAGUCGUCGUCAUCGUCCGGUGGAAAGAAGAGGCGUGUAGAGAUUUUGCCCACCAUUAGUGAGAACGGUGCGAAGAGUUGUGACAGUCAGGAAGUGCGACGCGCGAAGAGGACACGUGGAGGAGCAACUCUGACGACAGUUGACGAGGACGCCGCUGGUAAUUCGUCAUCGUCAUCAUCGUUCUCAUUCUCGUCUGUGGACUCUGUGUGCAAUUUUGUUGUGUUCGAUCCACACAAUCAGCAGACAUCGACAGUGUCACAGAGUGGUGGAUCGAGUGGUGGCAGUGGACACUUUAGUAAGCGUCUCAAGUUGUCUGACACACGAGAUCACCAUCAGCAACAGCAAAAUCCGGAAUCGAGUGGCAGCAGCAAAGCCCCGAACCUGGGGGCACGUUUAGCGCGAGGCAGCAGUGGUCGGGAGCCCCAGCAUCAUCAAUCCGAGUCGCAGGGGCACCCACCAAGCCUGCUAAAACGCAGUUCUCGUGGCAAGGGCUCAUCGCAAGCAGCAACGACGGGUUCCUGUGUGAGCUCCCAUAGUCGUGGCACGGCGGGAGUAACACAUCAGCAGAACAACAUCGGCAGCGCCUCGACGUCGAAGUACUUGAGUGGUGGAGCAGGUGCUGGUGGUGCUGGGGCAUCGUCCACUGUGGUGACAAGUGGCUCAUCCGCGCGCCAUCAUCACUCGCACCAUCAUCAUCACAAUUCGGCCGGCCAGGGUGUUUCUGGUGGGCAACAGAGUGCUUUUGACAACCAUUCAGGAGCGUCUACGUCACAAGCGAUGGCCAGCGAAGGUGGACAGAGGGAUGGGAAUCCCACGGUGAAGUUGCACAAGAGUAGUCUCAUGUCGACGUCAUCGAGCGCCUCGGGGGCGUCAGGGAGUGGACUGACAGAUACCACAAAUAUGCAUUUGCUCACGCAGCCCACAACAAGCAGUGCCAGUUCAUCGAGUGCCGCCAAUACGAGUGCCACGAGUGGCCAAAUGCCACCGCAUCCCGAUUCAGAGAGUGACGACAGCGAGGUGGGUCGUCUUCAGGCCCUGCUGGAGGCCCGCGGAGUGCCGCCGCACUUAUUUGGAGCACUGGGUCCGAGGAUGCAUCAUCUACUCCAUCGAUCAAUGGGGGCGAAUAGUUCGUCGAAGGCGCAGCAAUUGCUGCAAGGCUUGCAGUCGCAGGAUGAGAGCCAACAGCUGCAGGCGGCCAUUGAGAUGUGUCAAAUGCUGGUGAUGGGCAAUGAGGACACUUUGGCGGGCUUCCCCAUCAAGCAAGUGGUUCCCGCCUUGAUCACACUGCUCAGGAUGGAGCACAACUUUGACAUCAUGAACAAUGCCUGCCGUGCACUGGCCUACAUGCUGGAGGCGCUGCCCAGAUCCUCAGCCACCGUCGUGGAUGCGAUUCCAGUGUUUCUGGAGAAGCUCCAAGUGAUUCAGUGCAUGGAUGUGGCGGAGCAGAGUCUCACGGCGCUGGAGAUUCUCUCGAGGAGACACAACAAGUCUAUUCUGCAGGCGAGCGGAGUGGCGGCGUGCCUAACAUAUCUCGAUUUCUUCUCCAUCAAUGCUCAACGUGCCGCUCUGGCCAUAACUGCAAAUUGCUGUCUGAAUCUUCACACAGAGGAAUUUCACUUUGUUAGUGAUUCCUUGCCGUUACUGGCGCGCUUGCUGGCGCAGCAGGACAAGAAGUGCGUGGAGAGUGUGUGCAGUGUGUUUUACAGAUUGGUGGAUAGUUUCCAGCAUGAUUCGGCGAAGCUGCAAGAGAUCGCCAGCAUGGAGUUGCUGAAGAAUUGCCAGCAAUUGCUGGUGGUGACACCGCCAGUGCUCAAUUCGGGCACCUUUACAAAUGUCGUGCGGAUGUUGAGUGUCAUGUGUGCCAAUUGUCCAGAUCUCGCCAUAACACUGCUCAAGCAUGACAUUGCUUCAACACUUCUCUACCUUCUGACGGGCAGUGUCGAUCCGAUUUCCGCCGGAGAGGUGGAACUCGUGGCCAGAAGUCCGUCUGAACUGUAUGAGAUUACGUGUUUGAUUGGAGAACUGAUGCCUCGUCUGCCCACGGAUGGUAUCUUCGCUGUGGAUAUCUUCCUUGAGCGCUCAACUGGAGGGAAUCAGGAUCAGAUUCAGUGGCAAUGGCGUGAUGAUCGAGGUGUGUGGCACAGUUACUCAGCCAUCGAUUCGCGAAUGAUUGAGGCGGCUCAUCUCAACAGUGAUGAUGAGAUUAGCCUCAGUGCCCUCGGCAGGACCUACACAAUUGACUUCCACUCGAUGCAGCAGAUCAACGAGGACACUGGCACCACGAGGCCGGUGCAGAGGAAAAUCAACCAGACGAGCAAUGAACACUUGACGGCCGUGUCACACGAUAUUCAGACGAAUGCGAGCGAUUUGGUGGGCUUCACGGGAACAAUGAAUCUCGCCAUGAGGCCACCGAGUGCCUAUCGUGAUGCCCGGAUAGCGUGUCUGAAGGAGGAGCGCGGCCUGGCGGCGGAAUUUGUGAAGAAUCUCUUCUCUGUGCUGUACGAAGUGUACAGUUCAUCCGCCGGACCGGCAGUGCGAUAUAAGUGCUUGCGCGCUCUUCUCAGGAUGGUGUUUUUCGCGAAUGCGGACUUGCUGAAGGAUGUGCUGAAGAAUCAGAUUGUCUCGUCACACAUUGCCGGCAUGAUGGCGUCGAAUGACUUGAGGAUUGUCGUGGGCGCCCUUCAGAUGGCCGAGAUACUCAUGCAGAAGCUCCCCGAGGUGUUUGGCGUACACUUUCGCCGUGAAGGUGUCAUGCACCAAAUCCACCAAUUGGCCGAUCCGACCAUUCCCAUCUGCGCCAAUCCGUCACCAAAGCUCAUAACAAAUCCCGGCAGUGUGAGUGCGCCGGCGAGUGCUAGUGGACUUCACAAUAAUGCUUUUGACUUUGAGGCGUCGACGUCAAAGAUUGCCAACAACACGCAGCAUGUGAAGAAUUUGAGUGGGACGAUGAUCAUCACGCCGAAGAUGAGCAUCUCCAUGCCAUCGACGAGUGGCACGGCUGUGGGACAGGCAGUGAGUCUGCCUGGCACGAGCAAUCACAUGUCAAUGUCCAGCGGAAGUGGCUCAAGUGGUGGUCGGGCAGCGUCUUCAAGUCUCAUGUCGACCAGUCUUCAGUUGGACUGUCACACAGUCUCAGGAAUGUCCACAUCGGCGGUGUCUCCGCACAAUGGCAGUCUUCUGUUCACGUCCAUUUACAACAGCAGCACUCCGAUUCCCAUGAGCACGGACUCCAGCUCCGCCAGCAACACGUCCAUUCAGCAUGUGUCGCAGAAUCACAGUGAAUUGCUCAAUCUCACCGACUCGGGCAUUGUGGAUCGCAGUCAGACGCAGACGCCUGGAGUGCAGUCCAAAAUGACGGACAUACUCAAGCGGAAAGUGCCACCGAAGCGAAAACCUCAGGGAGGAAGUCGCUCGUCGAAGUCUCGUCAGGAUGACACAACAUCCACUUCGGCUCCGGCCGCUGUGACGCAAUCAUCGGUGAUGCAGGAGCUCUUCAACAAGGCCACAACUCUUGGAUCGAGUGGACGCAACACGCCAUCGAGCUCCUCGUCGUCCAGAUCAAGAUUCGGCGGAUCUUCCAAGACCACCUCAUUUUUGGCGUCACUCAAUCCGGCUCGCUGGGGACGCCAGACGAGCCAUGGAUCCUUCACCAAAGACUCCAGCUCUUCUAGCACGCUCAGCAAGAGUCCGUCAAACUCCAACUUGAUUGCAGCGGGCAAUCGUGAGAAGGCCAGGCAGUGGAUUCGCGAGCAGGCCAUCUCAUUUGUGCAGAGAUACGCCGAACAGGAGGCUUCUGGCUCCAUUCACUCGGCCUCAAUGGUGCUGGCGCGUCUUUCAGAUGUGAUUGUGAAGCUGAACGGAAAUGCUGGAGAGUGCAUUGAGGCACUGCAUGAGCUUCAGAGGAUCCUCAUUGAGAGUGACAUUUCGCCAUUUGAAGUGAACUACUCGGGUUUGAUAAAGGCCAUGCUCAAUUUCAUGGCGGCCGAUCAGGGAAUUGUGUCCAGAGACGAUAGACUGAGAGCAUUCCUGCACGUAUUUGCUGGUUUGCCACUUGAUCCUGGAUUCUGUGGUCCACUUGCCACAAUCAAUCCAGUGUCAUUUAGUGCUUUCGUAGCUAAAUUGAAUGGUUGUGUCACACAACUGGAGCAAUUUCCGGUGAAAGUGCACGAUUUUCCGGCUGGAGUUGGAGGGAGAUCAAACACAAGUGCCCUUAAGUUCUUCAACACACAUCAGCUAAAGUGCAAUCUUCAGAGGCAUCCGGACUGCACGAAUUUGCGCCAAUGGAAGGGCGGCACGGUGAAGAUUGAUCCACUGGCACUUGUGCAGGCCAUCGAGAGGUAUUUAGUGGUGCGUGGCUAUGGUGGAAUUCGUGUGGAUUCAGAGGAGGAUUCUGAGGAGGACAUUGAUGACAAUGUGGCAGCGGUUGUGAUGUCUCAGGGUGGCUUUAAGCAUAAACUUCAGUUUCUCAUCGGCGAACACGUUCUGCCCUACAACAUGACCGUGUAUCAAGCGGUGAAGCAGUUCUCGCCGCUUGUGAAUGAUCAGUCAGAGACUGACACGGAUACAGAGACGCCAAUUGGGAAUGCGAGUAUUUGGGUGCAGCAGCACACAAUCUACUAUCGUCCGAUGGAGGAUGAUCCGGCGGUGGGCAGCAACAAGAGUGGCAGCAGUGGCAGUUCGAAGAAGAGUGGCAAGAGUUCGGCUGCAAAAUUGAGCAGGAAGAAGACGGAAUUCUGGACAGAGGGAACUGUACCCAUGAUCUCAUCGCCUCUCACGGCAUUCCUCGUGACAUCGCUGCCGGCGGACGUGGUGACGGUGCAGGACGCCUCACUGGACGCUCUGUGCAUGCUUCGGAUCGUGAAUGCGCUGAAUCGUCACUGGACACAUUUGUACAGUGGCGUUGUGCAUAUGAAUAUCAUUCCACAGUCAGAGUUUGUGCAUUCGAAGAUCACGGCCAAGGCGAAUCGUCAGCUGCAGGAUCCCCUUGUGAUAAUGACGGGCAAUUUGCCACAGUGGCUUCAGCAGAUCGCCAUGGUGUGUCCAUAUUUGUUCCCCUUCGAGACCCGCCAUCUGCUCUUCUACGCUGUGUCAUUUGAUCGUGAUCGUGCUCUUCAGCGUCUCCUGGACACGACGCCGGAUCUCAACACUGGAGACACUUCUGAGCGUGUGACACCGCGACUGGAUCGUCGAAAGCGCGCCAUUGCGCGUGAGGACAUUCUGAAGCAGGCGGAGAUGAUCAUUCAGGACUUUGGCCACUCGAAAGCCCUGCUGGAGAUUCAGUAUGAGAACGAAGUGGGCACGGGUCUUGGACCCACACUGGAGUUCUAUGCUCUGGUAUCGACAGAGUUGCAGCGCUGUGAUUUGAGCCUGUGGAAUGGCAGUGAUAGCUACAAGCAGCAAUCGUCAACCAUUGCGGAUGUUGUGAAGUCUGGACUGAAUCAGAUUGAGGAUGAGUCUUCACAGUUGAGCAGCAGUGGCGUGGCGGCGGUGAUCAGCAGCGAGGGCAGUCUGAAUAUGCUGAUUGAGCAGUCAGAUCAGAUGCUGGGCGAUACAGAGCCCUCGUCUCAUGGCCAUCAUCAGAGUGGAACUGGCGAGGAGAAUCGCAUGGGAUCGCCAUUGCCGCACUCGCCGGCUGUGACAUACGUCAAUGCUCCGUACGGACUGUUUCCUAUUCCGCUCGGCAAGACGGCGAAGCAGCAGCAGAUCAACCGCGUGAAGGGAAAAUUCCGCUUCCUCGGGAAGUUUAUGGCCAAAGCUGUCAUGGACAGUAGAAUGUUGGAUCUUCCGUUCUCCAUUCCCUUCUAUCGAUGGCUUCUGGGUGAGGAGAAUGCUCUGAAUCUGCAGGAUUUGGCUCAAAUAGCGCCAGAAGUACAGACAACUCUGGUGCGUCUCCAGGAGAUUGUCCGACAGAGAGAUUUACUCCUUCAAUCGACCUCUCUCGAUGCCAUGGAGAAGACUGAAAAGAUUGAAAUUUUGGACCUUGAUGGUUGUCCAAUUGCUGAUCUUGGACUGGAUUUUGUGCUGCCAGGCUAUGCAAAUAUCGAACUUCGUCGCGGCGGACGAGAUAUUCCCGUGACAAUUCACAAUCUCCAUCAGUACAUCGCUCUCGUGUCGUUCUGGUUCCAAGUUGAGGGUGUCCAGAGGCAGUUUGAGGCACUCAGAGAAGGAUUCGACAGCGUCUUCCCGUCGCACCGCCUGCGGAUGUUCUAUCCGGAGGAGCUGGAGAAUGUGUUCUGUGGCUCUGGCGCGGCUCAGGGUGUGCUGAAGUGGGACGUGCGAAUGCUGCAAGAGAGCUGCCGCACGGAUCAUGGCUUCACGCAGGAUUCGAAGGCAAUUCAGUACUUCUAUGAGAUUCUCAAUUCGUACGGACGCGAAGAGCAGCGACUGUUUCUGCAGUUUGUCACGGGCAGUCCACGGCUGCCCACGGGCGGCUUCAAGGCGCUCACGCCGGCGCUGACGAUCGUGCGAAAGACGCUGGAUAGCAACCAGAAUCCGGAUGACUACCUGCCGUCCGUGAUGACGUGCGUGAACUACCUCAAGUUGCCGGAUUACAGCAGUCGCGAUGUGAUGCGGAGCAAACUGCGGACGGCGGCCAGCGAGGGAAGCAUGUCGUUCCAUCUGUCCUAAACAGAGAGAGAGAGAGAGUGAGAAAGGGAGUAAGAGAGAGUGCGGAAAGGAAGGGAAAAUAUUCUAGUCCGACAAUUCUCAUUUGUGGUUAAUCCUCUACUUAUGAUAAGUUUUCGCCUUCGGACACAAAAAGCGCGUGAGUGAAAAUUCCCAAAUCUAUACGAUUGAUGACCUUGCAUUGCUCAGAAUUCAAGUGUGCAAUUUUCUUUUGACUGUAUUUUUGGCAUUAAAUAACCAUUUAAUUGAUUUCCGAGUCAAAAUGCAGUGAAAGAGAGAGAAAAGACACGAAUGUUAGGAUAAUACCUAUACAUAUAGGGAAAGAGAAGAAGAAGAGAAAUCAGAGGUGUAAAAGAGCCAAAAUAAAUUCUAAUAAGUGAAACGGAGAGAGGAGAAAAAGGAACGUGAUGAGGAAUAAUUCAAUUUACACGCAGAUGUAAUAGUGACUAAAGGGAAAUGUUUUGAUGAAAUAAUGAUGAUGUGAGGGAGAAUUUUGUGAUUUUAUAUAAAAUACUAAGUAAUAAUUAAUAAUGGAGAUAUAAAGAGAAAUGCAGAUGUAG